CUUUGCUUAACACCUCUUACUUUUGUCACAGCAACAUGUCUGAAUUCAUGGAAGAUCUUCGAGUCACUGGCUACAAUGCCCUUUUAACCCCUUCUUUCAUUCAAGAAGAGUUCCCAGCUAGCGAAAAGUCAAAAGCCACAGUCCGUCAAGCACGUCAGGAAGCUGCCAGCAUCUUGAGAAAGGAGGAUGACCGUCUCAUCAUCAUCGUUGGACCCUGCUCUAUCCAUGACACUCAAGCUGCUAAGGAAUACAGCCAGCUUCUUCUUGAAGCCAAGGAAAAGCACAAGGGAGAAUUGCUUAUCAUUAUGCGCUCUUACUUUGAGAAGCCUCGCACCACCGUUGGAUGGAAGGGCUUGAUCAAUGAUCCAGAUAUUAAUGGAAGCUACAACAUCAACAAGGGUUUAAGAAUCGCAAGAAAGCUCUUAUGUGAACUCACAGACGCUGGUAUGCCGGUGGCUGUUGAAUUGCUCGAUACCAUUUCUCCACAAUAUCUUGCCGAUUUGAUCUCUUGGGGAGCCAUUGGCGCUCGUACCACUGAGUCACAACUUCACCGUGAACUCGCGUCAGGUGUGUCUUUCCCCGUUGGAUUUAAGAACGGUACUGAUGGCAACGUGGCUAUUGCCGUGGAUGCCAUUCGCGCUGCCUCUUCCCCACAUCACUUCUUGGGUGUUACCAAGCACGGUAUGACCACUAUCACCAACACCAAGGGAAACCCCGAUUGCCACGUCAUUCUCAGAGGAGGAAACGAUGGUCCCAACUACUCAAAAGAACACAUUGCCAAGUCACGAAGUGACCUUGAGAAGGCUAAGUUAGCUACCAACGUCAUGGUUGAUUGCUCUCAUGGUAACUCUGAGAAGGACCAUGCUAACCAACCCAAGGUGUCAAAAUGUCUUUCUGCUCAAAUUACUGAAGGUGACAAGAGCAUUAUUGGCUUGAUGAUUGAGUCUCAUAUCAAUGAAGGCAAGCAAAGCGUUCCAGCUGAGGGCCCUGCUGCCCUUAAGUAUGGUAUUUCCAUCACCGAUGCAUGUGUCAACUGGGCCACCACCACCGAGAUGUUGAACGAACUUGCUGCAUCCGUCAAGGCACGCCGCGCUGCUAAGCAAUAGACGCAUACACAGUCAAGCAUAUCCGCAUUCAACCAACCCUCCCGCACAUAUAAUGUAUCCCAUCAGGUUUUCUUACUGAAGAUAAAAGCCAGAAAUGAAAAAGUACAGCAUCGUUUUUUCUUUCUUCCAUCCUUUCAAACAAACAGAAAAAAUAGAACAGCCAAAGAAUUUUUAUAUAAAAAU